AUGCCCGCUGACCUUCUCUCACCAACUGAGCCAUCCACAUCCCAGGCCCCAUCUACGUCCACUGCCAUCGGUACGAACCCUGACCGGACCACGGAAGCAAUCUACGCCCGGGUCCUAGCCUACGACUUCGACGCCGAUCCGGACUAUAUCGCCGGCCUCGCGUCGAUCUUGGGCCAUCCGGAGACGCCGCCUACGCGGGAAGAGUUGGAUGGGAAUGGGGAGUUUGUCACUAGGGUCAAGUGUUUCUACUUUACAAGGAAGUUUGGGUUGGGGGACGUUGAUCCAGAUGCUUGGGGACGGUGGGCUGCCGCGCAGGGACCGAGGGGCGAGGAGGAAGAAGUCCGAGCGGCAGUAGGAGCAGAAGAGACCAACACCGCCGGGACUCUGGCUUCUGGUCGACUGCCUGUUGAUUCCGGCAAUACCACAUUUACAACACCCUCAGACUCAACCUCAGGCCCUUCUACAUACUCGACACUAACAGCACCACCAGACGCAAGUCCGACUGCACAGCAGCAUCAGCCGACUCCGCAGGAAGGACCGCCUUAUCCCCUCUCGUUCUCUGCUAUUGUCGACCUGAUCACCCGAAAUGUGCCUGUUCCGGGGAUCGAGACUGUGCCCGAUACUGUCCUCGAGCAUGGGAGCAGUAAGGUUGAUCAUACAGCGAAGAGGAAGAAGCCUUGGGAGAAGGAUGUCAGUGCUGGUAGCACAGAGCUCGGCACUGCGUCUGCGCUGUCGUCAUUUGGGCUGGCGGGGUCAACGACACCAGCAGAUGGGCCGACUUCUGCGCAGGAACCAACGCCAGAUAGCAAUGGCCAGCGAAUAUCCAACGAAAGCAUCGUCAACGGACAUCUGUCUACUGGUGAAGGAGUGGUCAAGAUUCUACAGCCGAAUGCUAUUCCGGACAGUGGACUUUUGGCUAAGGAGUGA